CCUGGUUGCUGUUCCUUCCACGACACCCAGCCCGCAGCCUCCAAAAACUGGACUGGCCUGAGGCCUUUAGGACACUAGCAUGAGGGCUGGGCCUUGCCCAGCCACGUCCAGCCAGGUUGAAGGAAGCUGAUGGCUGAGCGCGGGGUGCAGGCCAGAGCCAGGGCCGUCCAGCUCCGAGGAACCAGAGCAAAAGGGGAAGGAACUGGACCUCCAUGCCUGGGCCUCCAGGGCUGGCCGGACGGCGGGGGAGGAGAGGGACUCUGGACUUCAGCCUUCCUUUUCCUGGAGCGGGUGCCAGCCCCCUGCCCACGUCAGGGACAGAGCGACUCCUUCCCUUUCCAGCCUGGAAAGCCCCCUCCCUGCCCCUACUCCCACCCUGGGCUGUGGGACCUGGAAGAAGAGACCUGGAGACCCCAAGGGCAGGCCUCCCACCCCAGGUUCCUGCAGCUCUUCCCGGCCCGGCCAGAACCUGGGCCCCGCCGCCGGGGCUUCCACAGACAUGGUUCCUUGGCAGCCCCACAGCCCACCCCGGGGCCAGGCCCAGCCUGGCACCUGCCCACCGUGGGCACGUGCUGGGGCCUUGUGUGGGCAGACACUCCUAGGACCCCCGGAUGGAACCCCUCUCUGGGAAUCUGGGUUCUGGGACAAAGGUGUCCUAGAGGCAGCAGGGGUGGGGUGGGGUGGAGUGGCCCAAUUAGAAGCAAAGAACAGGACAGACCUCAGCCUCCUGGCAAACAGCUGAGUGCAGCGCAUCUGCGGCAAGAGGGUCUGGGAGCCUACGGCGGAGCUGAGCGGGCGGUGAGCAGGGGAAGUGGGUGAUGACACAGCACUGGGGGAGGUGGUGCUGGCCGGGGCUCGGCUGGCCUCCGAGGGAAGCGUGCCUGCUGUCCACGGGCACCCCAGGCCUGGGCAGCAGGCAAUAGCUGGGUGCUCAGUGGCUGGGCCACCCUUCUGGGGCGGGGGCCACCUCCACGCAGGAUGGCCUCCCUUUCCCUGAGGUCCCGCGGGCCCUCUCCUCCUCCUGCCUCCCGUGCCUGCCCCGUGCGUCACCUCCAGGCCUUUCCAGAGGCCAGCCGGGGUUGGGGACACGGUCCUGGACCCUGGCUGGGCGCCCUUCCUGUGGCCGCCUCCCCUCAGCAGCCAGAGGACUAGAGGGGGAGGCGGGGUGAGGAUGGCAGUGAUGCCAAAGGUCACCUCGGGGCGGGGGCGAGGGCGGGACAGGAGCGGGAAGGUACCCUGGUUGCCCUCCUCCUGAGCAGAUGAAAGGACGGCGUUUCCAGGUGGGGCUGGGUGCAGGGGUGCAGCUGUGAUUUCAGGGCAUCCCCGUGCAGCCGCGGCUGUGAUUUGAGAACCUCCGGCUUCUCGAGUAAUUAAUCUGGGAGCUGCCAAUGCAUAAUGCCGGGGUAAGCCCCGCUCCAAGGCUUCGGGCUUUGGGGGGCCUGGCGGUAGCGGCUCUUCUCUCGGCCCUCUGGCUCCUGUGGCUGCUCAGAUCGGCCCCUGGGGGAGCUCCGGCGCCCCAGCCCACAAUCACCAUCCUCAUCUGGCAGUGGCCCUUCACCAGCCAGCCCCCAGAGCUGCCCAGCAAUACCUGCGCCAGCUACGGUGUGGCCCACUGCCGCCUGACCACCAACCGCAGCCUGCUGGCCAGCGCCAAUGCCGUGGUCUUCCACCACCGAGAGCUGCAGACCCGGCAGGCCCGCCUGCCCCUGGCCGAGCGGCCGCGAGGGCAGCCCUGGGUGUGGGCCUCCAUGGAGUCGCCCAGCCACACCCGCGGCCUCGGCCGCCUCCGUGGGGUCUUCAACUGGGUGCUGAGCUACCGGCGUGACUCAGACAUCUUCGUGCCCUACGGCCGCCUGGAGCCCCGUGAGGGGCCUGCGCCGCCGCUGCCGGCCAAGAGCAGGGUGGCCGCCUGGGUGGUCAGCAACUUCCAGGAGCGACAGCGGCGCGUGCAGCUGUACCGGCAGCUGGCGCCCCACCUGCAGGUGGACGUGUUCGGCCGUGCCACCAAGCAGCCCCUGUGCGCCGACUGCCUGCUGCCCACCGUGGCCCGGUACCUCUUCUACCUGUCCUUCGAGAACUCCCAGCACCGGGACUACAUCACCGAGAAGUUCUGGCGCAAUGCGCUGCUGGCCGGCACGGUGCCCGUGGUCCUGGGCCCCUCGAGGGGCACCUACGAGGCCUUCGCCCCACCUGAUGCCUUUGUGCACGUGGACGACUUCGGUUCGGCCCACGAGCUGGCCGCCUUCCUCGCUGGCAUGAACGAGAGCCGCUAUCGGCGCUACUUCGCCUGGCGAGACCGGCUCCGAGUGCGGCUGUUCGGCGACUGGCGGGAACGCUUCUGUGCCAUCUGCGCCCGCUACCCCCACCUGCCCCGUGGCCAGGCCUACCAGGACCUCGAGGGCUGGUUCCAGACCUGAACUCUGCCGGCUGGAGGAGGCAGGGGAAGGUGGCUGGGAGCCGGAGGCGUGGGCGGAGGCCUGGGUGUUGAAAUCCAACCCACCGGCAUCCGACCAACCCCCAAGGGCAACCCACAGGCUGACUUGGGUGCUGGGGAUGGAGGCCAGGAAGCAGGGGUAGCCUUGGCAGGCUGCCCGGAGGCGGAGGCGGGUGGGCACUGGAGCCACUAUUUGGGGGCAGAGGUGUGAGCAGGGAGGGAGCAAUGGGGGUGCACGUCGCUGGGGCCCAUCAGAGAUGACAGGCUACAGAGGCCCUCCCUCCCCACCUUGAUCAUACCUUGGGCCGGUCAAGGCUGUCCUCCUGAGGUCUGUGGGGGCAAAACCUGGGCCCCCGACCUCUGUAGCCACAGUCCCCUCGUCCGGGAUGUGCAGGCUGGAGCCCCGCGUACAGACCUGGGUGGCCCGGACCCGAGACAGCCAACCAACUUCUUGGGCUUUUGGCAGCCUGCAGUCAGUCCCCUCGGGGGAGGGGACACCAAUCAAUAAAGAAACAAAGGACACGGA